AGUUUUCUUGAUACAGUGUCUCUAGAAGAAGGGAUUCUAGCUUUGCUGAAUGCAUUGGAUGAGCUUUAGUGGAGGCGGUAAUGUUUUUGCAAAUGGUGUUGGGAUUUGGGCUGAAGUCGAGGUUUGAUGAGGAGUUCUUGAGAAAGCUUGUGGCAGAGAAUGCAUCAAGGAGGGAUAUAGCGAAGCUUGCAGCUGCUAUUGGAGAGAAAAUGGGAGAUAUAAUUGAUGAAUUGGUGAAGAAUGGGAAAGAGAUAGAGGCUGUAUAUUUUGCUUCUGAAUCUGGUUUGACGAAAAGAUUUUCUCCUGUAUCUCUACUCAAGUCAUAUCUUAAGAAUUUCAAGAAGAUCACAACUACUGUCUUGAAGAAUAGCAAUUAUAAUGCAGCUGCAACGGUGUGUCUAAUCUCUAUCUAUAUCGUGUAAUUCUAAUGACAUGAAAUAUUUGAGUCUGCAAGAUUCUUAGUAAUUUUUUUGCAGGAUGAGUCAAGUACCUUGGAGUUGAAUUCUAUUAAAGCAAUCAUCAAAUGUGUGGAAGAUCAUAAUCUUGAAUCAGAAUUUU